GGGUCAAAAUAGACAAGUUUGGGGUGACAAUGGUCAACUUCAAGCAUUUAUUCAAUACCGGUGACAAGGAAUUAGAUGAGCCAUUUAUUUUUGCAUCUCAGGCAACUCAAGUUUACUAUGUGCAAGAUCCUAUUGAUGCUGAUUGGUUUGCUGUUUUAAAGUCAAAACAACGUGACAUGUAUGAUAUGGAAGAAAGGCUAGACAAUAGUACAGAAAUAGGUUCUUUCUUGCCAGAUUUGGAUGCAAACACACAAGUUAAUGUAUCUAUUGGUGGUAGUUGUGUUAGGACUGAUAUAGAUGGAAUAAUGAUUGCCGAAAACCAACCUAGCAAGAGGAAAGUUUGUAAGAGGAAGAGGAAUGGGUAAAGAAACGGAGGUCAAUGAAUAUGAACUACAAAGGGCUGCCAACAUAAAAGAAAAUAUGAAGAGGAUGAGAUCUCUUAAUCUCCAUGUACCUAGUACUAUGGUUAAUGAAGAAGGAAAUGGAUCACAUCGAGCCAAUAAGAAA